CAACACACUUCUUCUUUUUGCUCUGAAACUGAUUUUGCAAUUUCCCAAUUCCCCAAACCCUAAUCCUAUGGAAGUUUCGCGUCUCUCAGUUUCAGACAAGCGCUUCUUCUCCCUUCCAAUUCGCUAUUCUUCUCCGCCGGCGUUAUCCACAUUCUUCGCACUCUCCCUCCGCAAGAACAACCACCACCGCCACCGCCAUUCCCUCCGUCGGAGGAGUUACUGUUCCGCCUCCAACCCCGAUACCUUGCUCACCGCCGGGGAUGCCGUCGUCGUUGCCGCCGGAAAGAUGCACGACGAGGAGGAGGAGGAGGAAGGUGACUUGAAAUCUUGGAUGCACAAGCAUGGCCUCCCUCCAUGUAAGGUUGUCCUGAAGGAAAGGGCUUCUCACAAUGGUACCCAUAAGCCUAUACAUUAUGUUGCUGCAAGUCAAGAUCUUCAGGUGGGCGAUGUUGCAUUAUCUGUUCCAAUUUCUUUGGUUGUCACUCUAGAGAGGGUCUUGGGAAACGAAACUGUUGCUGAGCUAUUGACCACAAACAAAUUCUCCGAAUUGGCAUGCUUGGCAUUGUAUCUGAUGUAUGAGAAAAAACAGGGGAAGAAGUCUUUCUGGUAUCCAUACAUCAGGGAGCUUGAUCGUCAACGAGGUAGGGGCCAGCUGGCGGUGGAAUCACCUCUUCUAUGGUCAGAAUCUGAGCUGGAUUACCUUGCAGGAAGUCCAUUAAAGGCUGAACUUAUUCAAAGGAUUGAAGGAAUAAAAAGAGAGUAUAAUGAACUUGACACCGUCUGGUUUAUGGCUGGUUCCCUGUUUAAGCAAUACCCAUAUGACAUUCCUACUGAGGCUUUUCCAUUUGAGAUUUUCUUACAAGCCUUUGCUGCAGUUCAGUCAUGCGUGGUACAUUUACAGAAAGUUAGUUUAGCCCGGAGAUUUGCUUUGGUUCCCCUGGGACCUCCUUUGCUGGCCUACCGAAGCAACUGCAAGGCAAUGUUGACUGCUGUUGAGGGUGCUAUUGAGCUUGUGGUUGAUCGCCCAUAUAAAGCUGGGGACCCAAUUGUUGUCUGGUGUGGUCCUCAGCCUAACUCAAAGUUACUCAUAAACUAUGGUUUUGUUGAUGAAGAUAAUUCCUUUGAUCGUCUAAUAGUUGAGGCAGCUUUGAAUACUGAAGAUCCACAAUAUCAAGAUAAAAGAAUGGUUGCUCAAAGGAAUGGAAAGUUAUCAAUUCAAGCUUUUCAGGUGCAUGUUGGGAAGGAAAGGGAAGCUGUCUCAGAUAUGAUUCCUUAUCUGCGUCUGGGCUAUGUUUCAGAUCCUUCUGAGAUGGAAUCUGUCAUCUCCUCUCAAGGUCCAGUUUGUCCUGUGAGCCCUUGUAUGGAACGGGCCGUGUUGGACCAGCUUGCUGAUUAUUUCAAGACUCGGCUGGCUGGCUACCCUACUACCUUGGCUGAAGACGAGUCUAUGCUGGCAGAUGGUAAUCUGAAUCCAAAGAAGCGAGUCGCUACUCAAUUUGUUAGACUGGAAAAGAAAAUGCUUCAUGCUUGUUUGCAGGCAACCAUUGAUUUCAUUAACCAGCUACCAGACCACAGUGUAUCUCCAUGCCCUGCUCCGUAUGCACCUUUAUUGAAAUGAAAGAACUAUGGUGCAAGAGUUCCAGAUUAAAAGGGGUUCGUGCAUGCUUUUCAUUUCCCCCUGAAGAUAAGAGUGCAAUCCUAGUGUUUUCUGCGUGCCCUUCAAUUAGGUGUUGCUGAAUUUCCUUGGUUAGGAAGGGAGAACCAGUGGAGCAAUUUUUUUUCCCGUCGGGUUGCACAGAUGAUUCUAAAUUUGAUUGUUUGUAAUGAUAGUCAUCUUACUUUGUAAAUGGAAACCUGAAUCACAAAUUCUAAUUCAUUUGUGUAUAUAUCUUUAUGCA